AUGGCUUGGAGGGAGUACACGAGACGUCAUAACGAAGCAGUUUUGCUCAUUAGAAAAGGUAAAAGGGACUCUGAGUUGGAACUAGCCAACCGAGCCAAAAGGGAGCCGAAACGCUACUACAGCUACGCUGAAGCCAGGGGUCCCAAUAAAAGGAUGAUGGGACCUUUACAAUUGGAAAGAAGGACUGUCAUCAUUGAACAGGAAAAGGUAGACGCCUUUUGCACACACUUCAGUAGUGGGCAUGGGGUAGAUCGCGACGACCUGGCACUACCGGAUCUCGCCCUCCCUCCCCUAUCAGAGGAAAUAGAGAACGCUUAUGUGUCAUUAGAAGCGGUUCAUCGGAUAUUAGCGGAAUUGAAUGUAAGUAAAUCUCCAGGGCCUGAUGGAAUCCAUUCGGCAAUCGUCAAAACGAUUGUGGAUAUAGUAGCGGGACCGCUGGUGACUCCCAAAUAG